ACCAGUCUCUAAACACCGCCAGAGUGAGUGCACAGGCACGCAUGGACACUCGGACGAGCUGAUGACCCAUUUCUUGUGCCUGAAGAAAUCUUGGUGUUGGAGGCAAAAAAACGAAUGGAUUUACUGUCAGCAGUGUCUACCUCAGAAGUGUUGGAAUCAGAAAAUUUGGAAUGUAAAAAGAUUCUUGGCUGAGUUACGACUAGAUAAACCAGCUCCACUGCUUCAGCAGGCAUCGACAUGCCUUGUUGGCUGAGAGGUAGCUCUGGUUAGGUAAUUACUUUAGUAGGUUAUGUGCCAUGUUGUAUAUCGAUGUGUGUGUUGUAACCAUGCCUUGUUGAUCGGUAAUGGUCAAAGCUUUGUGGUUUUCUGUCACUGAAGAACAUAGAUGGAAAAGAGGCAGUUGUUAUUUAAUGGCCUAGGGGUACUUAGAGUUACAUGGAUUUGGAUGACCAUUCCCGUAUUCACAAACAGACGGCCUUGAGUUUCCUGACCCCAGAGGUGAUCCAAGAUACUCACGCCAUGGGUGAGUGGGGCUUUCUCGGGGGCCUCUUUGACGCCCUCCAGGCUCACUCUCCCAUGCUGGGGCGCUUCUGGCUCCUGCUCAUGCUGGUGUUUCGUAUGCUCAUCCUGGGCACCGUCGCCAGCGACCUAUUCGAGGACGAACAGGCUGAGUUUGCCUGUAACACCCUUCAGCCGGGCUGCAAGCAAGUCUGUUACGACAUGGCCUUCCCCAUCUCCCAGUACCGCUUCUGGGUCUUCCACAUAGUUCUCAUCUCCACACCUUCGCUCCUCUUCCUCAUGUACGCCAUGCACCACCACAACAAGAGGACCAGCAGCCCUCACCCCACCGGGCAGAACAGCAGCACCCAGGAGGAGGAUCUCCACCUGAGGAGGCUCUACAUCAUCAACGUGGCCUUCCGCAUGGUGGCAGAGCUGGGGAUGCUGUUGGGCCAGUGGUACCUCUACGGCUUCACGGUGGAGGCCCAGUUCCCCUGCAGCCGUUUCCCCUGCCCCUACACCGUGGACUGCUUCACUUCACGUCCCGCCGAGAAGACCAUCUUCCUCUGCUUCUACUUUGUCAUCGGAGUCGUUUCGGCCGUUUCCAGCCUUGCCGAGCUGAUCUACGCCUCGGUAAAGUGGUUCUGUCCCACCACGCAGUUACAGAAGCGGGACUGCCACUGUCAGAACGGCCCAAACCUGAAACAGGAAGGGGUGGAGAUGGAGGAGAAACCGAGAAUGAGGACGAUGUCCGAGGGAGGGCGUAGCAGCAGCUCCAGGAAGAUCGGACACAAGAGCCCACGAUACCAGAACAGUAAGGUGCUCUCAGUGUGAAAGGUCACAGUGCUCCCAUCAACCCUGAUAUUGAUAGACAGUAGUGCUACACAGUACUGCUGCAGCAUUCUGGGACUGUUUUUUACACUGAGAAAACAGGGGGAACACAUUUCCCUGGAGGCCUGAGGAAAGUGGUUCCCCCCUGGAUAUUACAGUCUGGAUAUUUAUAAAGCAAAACACUGAUUCUGGUGAUGUAAGUUACUGUGAUCGAUAUGUAUAAAAAGUUUAAUCUAUACAUCAGUCUUUUACACUGAGAACACAGGGGGAACAGAUUUCCCUGGAGGUCCGAGGAAAGUGGUCCCCCCCCUGUAUAUUACAGUCUGGACAUUUAUAAAGCAAUACAGUGAUGCUGGUGAUGUAUGUUACUGUGAUCAUUAUGUAACAAGUUGGAUAACAGAAAUAAAACACAAUUUUUUUU